UUUACGUACCGCACCGAGUUGUCAUGGAGCGUUCCUUUCUUCUCUUCGGCUUCGUCUUCCCUGGCUGAAAGAACACUGGAGAAAGAGGUCCAGUUGUUUCAAUCCAUCAGGACCAUCGCCAAUAUAAUUUAACGCCCUCCAUAAAUUCCUUUCUUAAUCCUCUCCUUCGAUCCGUAAUCUCCCUGACGAUCCUCUUACUUAAUCUCAUUAACUGAUUGUUUGAUCGCAUGUUUAUUUAUGUAUGUUCGUAUCUCUGUCGAUUGCUUCUUGCUCCCGGAAUCUUCUACUAGUAAUUGAUUAGCUCCUUGGCUCUGGCGAGGAGCGAUGUAUUUUUUGCAGAGAAAAAAGUAAUGCGCAGAAGAAGAAGACAAGGACGAAGACGAAGAAAAUAAGAGGAAGCGGAGCGAGAUAGCAUAAGAAAAGGAAGAAGAAAACGAAAUGCGAACUAUCUGCGAUGCGUGCGAAAGCGCCGCUGCAGUUGUCUUCUGCGCCGCAGACGAGGCCGCUCUUUGCAGUUCCUGCGACGAAAAAGUUCAUAUGUGUAACAAGCUAGCUAGUCGGCAUGUCAGGGUCAAGCUAGCAGACCCUAGUGAUGUCCCACGUUGUGAUAUAUGUGAAAAUGCACCUGCUUUCUUUUACUGUGAGGUAGACGGUAGUUCCCUUUGCUUGCAAUGCGAUAUGGUUGUACAUGUUGGUGGAAAAAGAACCCAUGGGAGAUAUCUCCUAUUGAGGCAGAGAGUUGAGCUUCUAGAUAAAGCUGGUCAUCUGGAGGAACUGGGGCCAAAAUCCCUUGAUCAGAAUGAAGCAACAAGGGACCAAAGGGAGCCACCGAAACUAACAGCGAGAGAAAAUCACCAGAAUCACCAAUUAUCUUCUGUUCCUGUGCUGGGAGAUAAUGUUAAUACUGAUGCUGAUGCAGAUGGAAAGGUGGACAAUAAGUUGAUUGAUUUAAAUGAAAAACCCCAACGAGUGCUUGGGCAGGCUUCAACUAAUGGGUGUGUGGAUGUAAUUAAUGGAAAUAAUCAUGAAGCUGCAAGCGUGGUUCCUGUUGGAUCAUUCAAAAGGGAGCUAGACAAGUGAGCAGAUGCUCAUGGACAAGUUUUCCUUGGCCCAGCUUCUUGACCAAAUUAAAGGCUCCUCUCUAAGGGUCUAUUCUUCCCUCAUUCUCGGCCAAGUUGGAAUAGAUGGAAACAAUUUAGCUUUAUACCAAACCAAUAUUCGUUAUCCAGAAUUAUUACAGAGUUCUUGGUAGUUAGCUAACUUCCAGUUGAUACUUUCUGCAUUUUCCACGUGGAAGUCCAACAAGAUUCUGAUGAAGUUUUUGUAUAUUCAUUUGAGAGAAACUUCCACCCUAACCUAACCAAAUCCUCAUUCUGGGUCUUCUCCUCAAUGAGACAGGAAACCUGAAAAUGUUGGAGGUUACUCCUUCCAUAACUUUGUUGCUUAAGAGGUAAGGGCUUAUAGCUGCUUCUAUUGUUUUUCUUUUUAAUAUUUCUUCCAGUUUUGUCCUUUACAUGGAGGAUAAAGGGAGGUAAGAAGAUGAUGACAAGUGAUAAGAGUGAUGGUCCUCUUUGGUGGUUUGAGUGUCCGUGCAAAGCGAUAGGUGCCAACUCGAACUCAUGGGAGCCUUAUCGCUUGUGAGAUUGAGUGAGAACUACCAUGUCUAAUUGGCAAGUAAAUUCAGAUCAAAUAUGCACUUGAUGACAAAACCUACUGAUUCUUGUGGAGAAAGAGAUUGGAGACUCAGUUUACCUCUCUGGUAAUUCUGUUAGUCGCAUCU